GAUUUGCCAGGAGUCCAUCUCUUCGUAUAUCUGUACCACCACUGGUGUGACGUUACUGCGACUCUUACCAUAGUGGAUUACAGAUGGGUAAAACAUUGACAAUCGUUUGAUAAAUGCACUUUAUUUAUUUUAAUCACAUGGGAUUUUAGAAAGUGCGCAGCGGACUGUUUUAUUGGUUUUCCCUGAAACGUCGGGAACAGGACACAGGCAAGUGAAAACUCCUUAUACAGAUCAAGUAUGUGUAUUGAAGACAUGUGGAGUAUUUUACAGUUAUAUCAUUUUUCAGCUAACAAAUUUCGGAAAGAAAUUUAACUGUCUAAAGAUUUUUAAAGACUCGAGUUCGAGUAGGCAACUCUUCGUCAUGGACGCGUGAGGUGAAGCUACACGUUGCGGUGAUCUACGAGGGACACUCGGGCAAAAUCUAUAGCCUAAACCAUCCUCUGGCUUUUGGAUGUGGUCUGUACAGGGCAGGGGUGAAUACUUGGAGCUCUAGCUAUGACAUGAAUCAGUCUUCUAACGUCUUAAUUUUGUCUUUUCCAAAGACACAUCUAGUUAUGGGGUGAAGAGGAUGAGGUAGGGACUGCAGGGAUAGUCUGUGGGAGGGAACAUGGAAUGUUUUCUAUUAUAUAAUCUUUGACAAAACUGCUUAUUAGUGGGAGAACAUAACAAGCCAAUUUCCCUGACCCCUUUCCCCCUCCCCUUUUCAUCUGGGAAGACAGAAAACUUUUUGUGAUCAUUGAUCAUUUUGGAGAGAAUCAACCUGUUUUCAGACAAAUUGGCUGUUGAAACGAUAACACAUCUUGACUGAAGUUGACAAGGAGAACACUGGGGUCUAUGACAAGAGUCACUGGUGUGUAUUAUUGUUAUUUCACUGAUCUUGUAUUACACAGUAACCCCCUCUGUCUGCCUCUCCAUAGGAGAGAGGAAUAUUGAAUUACCAAGAUGGCUAAUGUGCAUUUAUUGUUUCAGAUUUCAACUAUACCUCUCUGUCUCUUUUUUCUCUGCCUUGAUCCAUCUCUCUUUUUUAUUGUUUGAUUUUGGUUGAUCAUUUGGAAUGACACCUGAUGCCCAAGGUCCUGGAUUUCUAUCUUCCGUCAUCCUUCAUGAUGCUGAAUUUAAAGACACUAAGCCUUCAGCUAACCACACUCAGUUGUACCCCUUACUUGUUUUUCACCUUUGCACUCUUUUCUUUGUGAAGCCAUCUUUUGUGGACGUAGAACAAUUGCAACCAACUCCAUCUUGCUGUGAGAUACUGUGAUAUGUAAUCAUUCGAGAAACUGUCGACACACCGUUGUGUCCCUUGCCGUCUCUGAAUCUCUGAAAGGCUUUUUGCGUAAAGUAGAAAGGGAAAAAAACAAUCCACAAGUUAAUUUUCCUCCAGCCCCCCUGUCCGUCCUCCCUCCCCUCUCCCCCCCCCACUCAUCAGGGCUGGUGGGGGGGUGGGAUCUGGAGCUCCAGGGUCGUAACGGCGGAGGUGGUGGUACCCUGGAGCCUCCUUGUAGCAAGGCCUCCCAUCAUGGAGACCAGUCCAGAGAGCCCCAACCGGGCCGUGGAGUACCUCCUGGAGCUCAACAACAUCAUCGAGAGCCAGGCCAAGCUCAUGGAGACCCAGCGGCGGCGCAUCGAGGAGCUGGAAGGCCAGCUGGACCGAGUCAGCCAGGAGAACCAGGACCUGAGGCUGGAGAAACCCACUCCUCCACGAGCCCCGGAGCUCCCCGAACAGAACCAUAGCAACACCAACCACAGAGCAGAGCAGCCCCUCUCCCUGCCCAUCCACCCUGGCAGCAGUAGUGGAGGUAGUGGCAGCACCCCCAGCCCCAUCACCGCCCCACCCCCUGCUGUGGUGGUGCCCCCUGCAGGGCCGAGCCGGGAGAGACGUGCCCACACCAGGCUGACCCGGGGCAUGUCCUGUGGCUCGAACCCAGCUGAGAGGGAGCAGCGGGACAGAUUGGACCACACAGACAGCUCUGACACCAACAGCUCCACCAUCCGCAGAAAUGUCAGGCAGUCACCAUCUUACUCAAGCUAUCCAAUCUCUGCUCCCACAAGCCCUACUGCAGCCAGCCCCUAUGCCACCCUCCUCCCUACCAGUCUGACUGUUAACAGCUUCUUCAGCCUCCAUCAGUACUGCUGCCCCUCGUCUGCCAAGCACUCGCAGCAGGCAAGUGUGGAAACAGAGACCCAGUGUGCGGAGCCUCCCGGGGCCCACUCAGACGGCCCCUACAGCCAGACCACAGCGUACCUGCGUGGCACAGAGCGCUACAGUGACAGCAGCAGUGGUCCUGGUCCUCCAGGCCCUCGGGGGCCUCCGUGUGUGGCCCCUCCCAGCUCGGCUAGCCUUGCCUGGGCACUGCGAACACGCCAUCAGCCUGCCAGCCUGGCCCUCCGCAAGCAGGAGGAGGAGGAGAACAAGAGGUGCAAGCCCAGUCUCUCUGACAGCUAUGAGCUCUCCACAGACCUGCAGGACAAGAAGGUACCCUGGGGUAUGGGGGUGGAGAUGUUGGAGAGGAAGUAUGGUGGCUCCUUUGUGAGCCGCAGAGCAGCCCGAACCAUCCAGACGGCCUUCCGCCAGUACCGCAUGAACAAGAACUUUGAGCGCCUCCGCAGUUCGGCGUCCGAGAGCCGCAUGACGCGACGCAUCAUCCUGUCCAACAUGCGGCUGCAGUACUCGUUUGACGACCGCCAGCCGCAGCAGCAGGGGGCCGGAACACAGACCAACUUCACACACAGCGUGGGCAUCGGCCCUCCUCAUUCACCUGACGCAGAAAGGACAAGAGACUACACACACCUGGAGGACUCCUUCACCAAACAGGUGAAGUCCCUGGCUGAGUCCAUGGACACCGCCCUGACCUGCCGUAGCGGGCGGGAUGACUCCCAGGAGGACUUUGGAGAGUGUGUGUGGAGCAGCAGCAGUAACCCCUCCUCUCAGAGAGGCCUGUGUGAGAGACCCCGAGGAGGGGGAGGGGGCCUCAGCAUGCAUGGAGACAGCACAGCCACCUCCUACAGUGAUGUCACUCUAUACAUGGACGACUGCAUGCCCUCCUCACCCCUCUCACUGGACCGGGCCCCCAGCAGCACAGACACUGAGUACUGGGGCCCUGGGGGAGGCGUGGGGGCCCGUGAGGACAGCAGGGACACUGAGGGAGGGGGUAGCAGUAACAGCCGUCGCAGCACUCCCUGCACGGAGUGUCGAGACUACCGUCUGAGGGGCGCCCACCUGCCCCUGCUCACCAUCGAGCCCCCCAGCGACAGCUCCGUGGACAUGAGCGACCGCUCGGACCGUGGCUCCCUCAGCAGACAGAUCUACGAGCAGGAGCCAGUGGGAGGAGCGGGCUCUCCUCAGGGAACACUCAAACACUCCCCUAACACUCCCCGCUCUGUCUCCACAGCCGCAGCGCAGGGCCAGACCCGCGCCCCCGGCCGGGGCCCCCCCCUGCCCACUCAAAUCCCCCACCACGUGGCACACCACCAUCACCACCACCCUCACCACCACCAGUACCCAGACACCCCCUCGUCCUCCUCCUCCCCCCAGCAGCCCCCAACCACCCCCCUGUCCUCCUCCUCCUCUGCUGCGCUGCCCCCUGGUGGCCUAGAGCAGCCCUGUCUGUCUGAUGGGGACAACGACUCUCUCAACUCCACCACCAACUCCAACGAGACGGUGAACUGCAGCUCUGGCUCCUCGUCUCAGGACAGCCUGAGGGAGCCCCUACCCCCCCUGGGCAAGCAGACCUACCAGAGGGAGAGUAGACACAGUUGGGACUCACCGCCAUUCAACAACGACGUGGUGCAAAGACGCCAGUACCGCAUCGGACUCAACCUAUUCAAUAAGAAGCCAGAGAAAGGGAUCCAGUACCUGAUCGAGAGAGGCUUUGUGUCCGACACUCCGGUCGGGAUCGCUCGCUUCAUCCUGGAGAGGAAGGGCCUUAGCAGACAGAUGAUCGGAGAAUUCCUCGGCAACCGGCAGAAACAGUUCAACAAGGACGUACUGGACUGUGUGGUGGACGAGAUGGACUUCUCAGGUAUGGACCUGGACGAUGCUCUGAGGAAGUUCCAGGCCCAGAUCAGAGUUCAAGGAGAAGCCCAGAAAGUAGAGAGGCUCAUAGAAGCUUUCAGUCAGCGGUACUGUGUGUGUAACCCGACGCUGGUCCGCCAGUUCCAGAACCCAGACACCAUCUUCAUCCUGGCCUUCGCCAUCAUCCUCCUCAACACGGAUAUGUACAGCCCCAACGUCAAAGCAGAGAGGAAGAUGAAGAUAGAGGACUUCAUCAAGAACCUCAGAGGAGUGGACAACGGCCAGGACAUUCCCAGGGAUCUGUUGGUUGGGAUCUACCAGCGCAUCCAGAAGUGGGAGCUAAGGACCAACGACGACCACGUGUCCCAAGUGCAGGCGGUAGAGAGAGUCAUAGUAGGCAAAAAGCCUGUGAUGUCUCUGCCACACCGCAGGCUGGUAUGCUGCUGUCAGCUCUAUGAGGUGCCUGACCCCAACCGACCCCAGAGGACAGGAGUUCACCAACGGGAGGUCUUCCUGUUCAACGACCUGCUGGUGGUGACUAAGAUUUUCCAGAAGAAGAAGACUUCUGUGACGUACAGUUUCAGACAGUCCUUCCCUCUGGUGGAGAUGCAAGUCCACAUGUUCCAGAACUCAUACUACCCCCACGGUAUCCGUCUGACCUCAGCAGUGUUGGGUGGAGAGAGGAAGGUCCUUAUCGUGUUUAUGGCUCCCAGCCAGCAGGACCGCACCCGCUUUGUCAGUGAUCUUAAAGAGAGUAUCGCUGAGGUGCAGGAGAUGGAGAAGUACAGAGUGGAGUCCGAGUUGGAGAAGCAGAAAGGCGUGAUGCGGACUGGCCUGCUGACCGGCUUGGUCGGAGGUGGAGUGGUUGUGAAGGGUGAGGUGGCGAACGGCACCCUGGGAAGGCCCAGUCUAGAUGACAACUACUCUGCGGGAGAGGGACUCAAACGCUCUGCGCUCAGCUCAUCUCUCCGAGACCUAUCAGAUGGAGGUAAACGUGGUCGCAGAAACAGUGUUGGCUCCCUCGACAGUACCAUGGAAGGUUCCAUCAUUAGCAGCCCCCAGCCGCACCAGCGUUACCCGGUUCCCGGGUGUGGUCCCGGGCUGCUACCCUACAGAAGACUACCGGCCGCAUCGCCCCAUCCUGAGCCCCGGAACGGGGGUGGGGGGUGGGCCGGGGCAACAACACACCACUGCUGGGACGGGAGUUGGGGGGGGUUCCCAGCAGUGUAGAGAGAGCAGGGGUGGGGAGUGGCCCUGGGGGGGGCAAUACGGGCUCCUUCCUGGGCUCUCUAUUCGGCAGCAAACGCGCCAAGCCGCCAAGUCCCCUUAUACCACCGGGGCCACCCUACCCCGCCCCUGUCCCCCCACCCACUACGGGAGGGCCCCCUCCUCACUCCCCAUCAUCUCUGUGCCAGUCGGAGGGGGGCCCUUCCAAGAUCCAGGCCCUGCAUGCUCAGUACUGCCACACGGCCGCCGUGCAGCCCCCUCCUCCCUACUACCAUCACCAUCGCUACCACGUCCAAGCUGGCCCUCCUCCCUUGCCAGGCGGGGGCGUGCCCCCUCAUAUCCUUCAGAGAGGGCCGUUCCCCUGUCGUCCUCCUAUUGGCCCCCCUCACGCCCAGCUCCAGCAGCUGGCCCAUCUCUCCCAACUUUCCCAGCAUGGCAUGCAGGGUCGCUACAGCAACAUGGCGGUGGGCUGUCCUCCCCCCCUUUCUCCUCACUCCCAACAUUCCCAGAACCCCCAGUUCACCCUGUACCACACACAGCCCACACACUCUAUCAGGGCGGGCGCCAUGCCAGGCAAACCUCCUCUGACUUUGUCUCACUCCCACCCGCACCCCCACGCACACUCCCACACCCACCCCGGGCACCCCCUCAGUGCCGCACCGCACCCCGCCCCCCACCCACAUCAAUCUCGCUUCAUCUUCGGCACGCUGCCCCACCAACAUCAGCAUCAGCAGCCGUCCGCGUCCGUCAACACCCAUCACGCUGCGCCCGCCGCCCAGUAUCAGCCCCAGUACCCUCCUCUCUCUUCUAUCCCCCCUCCCCCCCCCCACUCCCCUUUACCCCCCCCUUCUACCCCCCUUAUCCCUCUUAUGCCUCUCUGCCCUCACCCCCCCCAGCACCCCGGGCAGCCUCAGCAGGGGCCCCAGGUGACGGGAGCUGGGGCGACUGGCACAGGGGGCAGCUCCAAAUCCAAACCUAUCAACCGGAUCAGCACGGUGGUGUGAGCAGCAGAACGUGGGGCCACAGAAGGCAGAGGUCAGAGGGCAGGAUGGAGGAAGGGGGCGGAGCUAGGGACAGGGAUAGAGCCAGGGCUAGUAGAGGUGAGCAGGACAGCAGCAGCAGUAACAACAGCAACAGUGACAAGAAGAAACGCAACUUAUUUCGCCUCUGCUACUUUCACCUCCGCUUCCCACACAUGUAGACCGAGAGAGCAAAGGAAAGAGAGUUGGAGCUGAAUUACCUGAACACAUACAAGACACACAGGCAGAAUAAACACACAUAAAGCAAUGCCCACAUAAAUGUAGGCACACAAAUAUGUUUGGAUAUAGGCAAAUAAGUUUCUCAGGUGAACUCUGUCAGCACACAAACUCAUAAGGGAGAGUCACAGGUAGGAGCAACACACACACACAAAAUCAACAAUUUCUCUAGCCAUAGAACUGAUGCUGGUUAUAAAUGUACAGUAGAGGGCCUGUACCCAGUGUUUCACUGUCUGAAGUAUUAUUGGAAACGCUGGACUUUGCCAAGACAUGAGCUUGAGAGUGUUUUAAACAUAAGUACCAACAUGUAAUUGUGCAACGUUAUGAAUGGGGCAAAUCUGACGAUGAAAACACGCAAGAUUUGGUUCUGGUGUUGUUGAAAUAAGGACAAUGCUGACCAACAGAAAGACCAUCUCCACCCACCUGGAUAUGAAAAAGACUUCACCACUAAAUACAUUCCAGCAGGGUUGUGCAUUGUAAACAGCCAUUGAGGAUAGUUGCAAAAAUAAUCCCCUCGAUUUUGCAAUAAUUUAUUCAGCUUCAUAAUAGGUUUGUCAAUUACCACGGCAGGUCUUCAUCACUGAAAGGUAUCCUUUUUUUAAAGUAGACCUCAGAGACAUUUGCUUUGUCUUCAACUUUUAUGACUCACAGUUCAAUGGCAGUCUUAGGCUCUAUGGUCUUUUACAUGUAAAGAGAAGUCAGCUGGUUUCAUAGGAUUUACAUGCAUUCCCUAUAGGGUGUGUGGAUUAAUGAUGCUACCAAUAAUAUUUUUGAAUGUUUUUAAGCCUUUUUGCUGUUGUAUAAAUGUUACAUAUAUAAUUGCUGAGUAUGAUGAAUAUUGUCUAAUAACAUAACUGUUUUGAUCCAGUGAUUAAUUAGAUAUUACAGAUGUUUGAUUGAUUAAAAAAUGAUUAUACAGAGGAUAUAUACACUUAUUCAUUCCCUCAUACUUGUAUGUAAUGAGGGUGUUAUAAAGUGUGAUUUAUUUUUGUUCUCUAUGAUGGUUGCCAUUGAUAACUUCUAUUAUCAGUUAUUAUUAUUGAAUGUUAAAAAUAUUAGUUCAUAUUUAGGACAAUUUUUGUUCUUAGAGAGUUGUGUACCCUAUAUCUCCCUCCAUUUUGUCUGUUUAUUUUUAGGAGACUGGUGAUUGUGUGAACUAGUAGUUGCACAAUGUCAAAAAGAAAAUGGUUAAUUGGAGUCAAAAUGCAUAUGAAUUAAUAUGCUUUCCCACCUCAGACCCCUCUGAAAGAUCCCCUUAAGGGCUUUGACCAUUUACCUGCUCAUGGACAAUGAUCCUCAUUUCAUUGGUGACCCUGUCGUUUAUGUCCUCCCUGUUAUCCUCCCUGUUAUCUUCCCUGUUAUCCUCCCUGUUAUCAUGGGACUCACUCAGAAGCAUCUGGUCUUGUUGAGAGAGUUUCUCACAUGGCGUGUGUUUGGAUGGUCUAUGUCUUUGAACAAGCACGCUUUGUAAUAUAGUUUUGUGGUUUUGCACACGUGGUGUCUUAAAGUCAAAAAUAGCAUUAUUUUAAACACCCUCCUCACAUACCCCCUUGCCAGUCCUCAGAAGACUAAUAGCCUACGCCCCAGCACCCUUACUGAAUGGGCUUGUCAUUAGAUCAAACAGGUUUGUUAAUCUUCUCAUCUCUGUUGACCACCUUUCUUACUUCCUCUCUCUGUUUUUCUAUUGCACUGUGUUUGAACAAUGGUAGAUUGAACAAGGGAUUAGUGUUUCAGGAUAAAGGGAAUCAUUUAGUUUUAGGAUGGUGAAUUGUAGUUAGACAUGCUAGACAAUACUUGAGGACAAAGAAGAGACAGAUUAAUGUUAAAAGCCAGAACAAGAAUAUGGGUAGUCAGGGAAAAAUGUAAGGUUUUAGGGGUGGUUGAGGUUGAAGUUUUUUUGUUGGCUUUUUCCUGCAUAAUUCCCUCUGUAUUGUCCCUUUGGGACCCCUCUUGCAUGAAUAUAUCUGCACUUAUUGAAUGGAUUGUACUGUAUAAAUCUGAAUGUACAUAUUGAGGUGUGUGUGUGUGUGUGUGUGUGUGUGUGUGUGUGUGUGUGUGUGUGUGUGUGUGUGUGUGUGUGUGUGUGUGUGUGUGUGUGUGUGUGCGCGUGUGCAUGUUUGUGGGAGUGUGCAUGUGUGCGUGUGUGAGAGAGAAAGACGAGUAGGGGACUUUGGUUUGAAUAUUGAAUUAUUUUUAUUUUAGACUGAGGGUGAGAGAAUAAUUUGCAGUAAUUAGGUGUUUGUAUGUCAGAGAACUAAUUGAUAUUAUUUUAAACAUACAGGAAGUAUGAUCUUAAGACUUUAAUUUGUGUAUGUAAUAAGUAUUAACUGGAAGAGUAGAGAAUUGAGAUGUGAAUAUUUAUUGCUUCUGAUAUAUUAAAAAGUGUCCUUGCAGUGAAA